UCCGCUCUCUCUGUCCGCUAGACUCGGAGCACUGGAACGACAAACAAACGAAGCGACGAAGCACUGACCGACGAAGGCGACAACUCACUGACGAACGCCGCCUCCCAUCACCAGUGCCAGCCCGCCACUGGACCACCGCGCUCCGCCUCCUCGAAUCAAGCCUGUCCACCGCUCCACCACAGGUCCGCAACUGCACAGUAUUGGCAGUAACUCAGCCCAAAUUUUGUUGCAGAGUCUCCAUUUUCUCAGGACCGACCCUUGUCUCAUAGUUUUCGUGGUUCAAGCCUUCCGAAAUUCUGAAACAUGCCGCAGGGAGAUUACAUAGAGCUUUACAGGAAUAGAUACGGCUACCGCUUUGAUCACUUCGAGAAGAAACGCAAGAAGGAGGCUCGUGAGCCUCACAAGCAUUCUUAGAUUGCUCAAAAGACUCUAGGUAUCAAGGGUAAGAUGAUUGCUAAGAAGAACGACCGUGAAAAGGCCUUGAUGAAGAAAACAUUGGCAAUGCAUGAAGAGUCAUCAUCAAGGAAAAAGGUUGAUGAUGAAGUACACGAUGGAGCUAUUCCAGCCUAACCUCUUGAUCGUGAAAGUACCACAAGAGCAAAGGUCAUCAGCAAUACCAUAAAGCAAAAGAGGAAAGAGAAAGCAGGAAAAUGGGAUGUUCCAUUACCUAAGGUAAGGCCUGUGGCUGAAGGUGAAAUGUUUAAAGUAAUCAGAACUGGCAAAAGAAAGACCAAACAAUGGAAGAGGAUGGUCACAAAAGCCACUUUUGUAGGUCCAACUUUUACUAGAAAACCUCCAAAGUAUGAGCGUUUCAUACGACCCUCAGGCAUGCGUUUCACUAAAGCUCAUGUGACACACCCUGAACUCAAGUGUACUUUCAAUCUUGAAAUCAUUGGUGUGAAGAAAAACCCAAAUGGUGCAAUGUAUACAUCUCUUGGCGCCAUAACCAAAGGAACCAUCAUCAAGGUGAACGUCAGUGAACUUGGUCUUGUAACUCCUGCUUGAAAAGUUGUCUGGGGGAAGCAUGCUCAAGUGACGAAUAAUCCUGAAAAUGAUGGCUGCAUCUAUGCGGUUCUCCUUGUUUAGAUGAACAAAAUGGCGUCAUCUGAAGCUGUGUCUCUAGGCGUGCCUGAACCAGUGUCUGAAGCUGUGUGUAAACCCGUGUCUGAAGCUGUGUGUAAACCCGUGUCUGAAGCUGUGGGUAAACCCGUGUCUGAAGCUGUGUGCAAACCCGUGUGUGAAGCUGUGUGCAAACCCGUGUGUGAAGCUGUGUGCAAACGCGUGUGUGAAGCUGUGUGCAAACGCGUGUGUGAAGCUGUGUGCAAACCCGUGUGUGAAGCUGUGUGCAAACCCGUGUGUGAAGCUGUGUGCAAACCCGUGUCUGAAGCCGUGUGCAAACCCG